AUGGCGCUUGAAGACCGGUCAAGCCCUAGUGCUGCGGCUAGUCCGAAUAACACUGAACGAUCAAACGCCCCCAAUUCCCCGGAAUCAACCAGAACAUCUAGCUACACCUGCAUGACCAUCAACCAUGAAGAAAAUUCGAGAAGUUUUAUAUCCACUCCUACAUCGUCGCCAAACCACUACCAAAAACCCGAAACAGAAAGAUCCUUUUUUAGGAUAACAUCCUUCGCUCUUCCUAGCCCCAAAAGCGAAUGUGAACGAAAUAGUCCAAGAAGCUUUCGAUCUCCGUCACCUUCUGAAAGUGUUUCGUCAAAAUCAUCUUCCGAGCACAACGAACCUACAAUACAAACUCUAAAAUAUUCUAUAAACAAUAUUCUUAAACCGGACUUCGGUAAAUCAGCCGUCCUCAAAACAAAAACAACACCAAAAGUUAUCUUUAAACCAUAUGAAAAGUGCGAAAAAUCCAAAGAAGACCUCGUGGCUCCCUUAGGUAGUUUGUGCCAGACAGUUUCGCAAAUCGGAAGUUUGAUUAAAAAAAGUCCGGAGCUAAUCUCGAGGCCAAAGAGUCCAGUUAAAACGCUGCCGAAUCCCGAGGAGAUCAAGAAAGACGAAGACGGAAACGUGCCGACACUCUGGCCUGCAUGGGUCUACUGCACGCGGUAUUCGGAUCGACCGAGUUCAGGUAAGAUUUGA